CACAAACUCAGAGGGCUCUCACUUCUCUCUUCACAAUCAACAAACAACAAUGGCUACAACAGCAGCAAGUACCAUCACCAGACCCUCUUCUCUGAUGCUGACGUACGCCUCCUCCUCCUCCGUGUUCCCACAAGACCUGACCACUCCCUCACUCGUCUCCUUCAAACCCACCAAGCCUUUCUCUCUCUGCCCAAUUGUUCUGAGGCCAAACAGAGUGAGAAGGGUCAGUUUGAGUUUCUUGAAUGAGCCCAAGUCUGAGCCUUUCCAUGUCGUCUCGGCUGCUCUGGCUGCGGAGGCAGAGGUGGACGAGGCGGUGGAAGAUGAAGGGCUCAAAGGAGCUGAUGGGUCUGCUGCUCCUGUCACUGUUUCGAAACCCAAGAAGGGGAAAGCUGCAUUGCUUUUAAAGAGAGACAGAACACGGUCCAAAAGAUUCUUGGAAAUUCAGAAAUUGAGGGAAACCAAAAAAGAGUACGAGCUGAAGCCAGCUAUUGCUUUAUUGAAAGAAAUGGCGAGUGCAAAAUUUGUAGAAACCGCUGAAGCCCAUUUCCGCCUCAACAUUGAUCCAAAAUAUAAUGACCAACAGCUGAGAGCAACUGUUAAUCUGCCUAAGGGAACUGGACAAACUGUUAAUGUGGCUGUUCUUACUCAAGGUGAACGGUUUGAGGAGGCCAAAAAUGCUGGAGCAGAUAUAGUUGGUGGCGAUGAUUUGAUACAACAGAUAAAAGAUGGAUUCAUGGAAUUUGACAAGUUGAUUGCUUCACCAGAUAUGAUGCCCAAGGUUGCUAGCCUCGGAAAGAUUCUUGGACCAAGAGGGCUCAUGCCAAAUCCUAAAGCUGGUACCGUGACGCCUAACAUACCCCAGGCCAUAGCAGAAUUCAAACAGGGGAAAGUUGAAUUCAGAGCAGACAAAACUGGGAUAGUUCACUUGCGCUUUGGAAGAGCUGACUUUUCUGAAGAAGAUCUUCUUGUAAACCUGCUUGCCGCAAUUAAAUCAGUUGAAACAAAUAAGCCACCAGGUGCAAAAGGUGUUUACUGGAAGAGUGCACAUAUAUGCUCAUCAAUGGGCCCUUCUAUUAAGUUAAACACAAGGGAAAUGCUUGAUUUCAAACUUCCAGCAAGUGCUUGAACAACUCUGAACUCAUGUACAUGUUGUCGUUAAAUUGUUUAUUCAACCUCUUAGAUGCCACUGUUAUAUCUUUGCCAAUGUAGUUGGUAAGAUGCUAGGAGAGUAAGGCAGAUGAAGAGAGAGGGUGGCCUGGUUGUUGCAUCAGGGUUGACUCUGUCUCAUAACGAGCUUACAGUUUCUUCUACACUGGGUGAGGAAAGCCAUGUACUUUUGUGAACUGUUACUCAUCACUUAUGAUUUUUGUUUAUCAAUGAGGAAGAAUUUACAAUGUUAA